UGUUAGACGGGAAAUAUUAUACGUACAUAUCGGUCGAUAAUGAGAAUCAGCUGGAUAUAAGCUGACUUUAUACACGACAAUAACAGCCAAUCGACACAGCGCAACAGCAACAAUUAGUAGAUCCAUUACUCAAAAUUAAAAUGGGACAAAAAGUGUCGCGCAAUGAUUUCGAAUGGGUUUAUACGGAAGAGCCGCAUGCCUCGCGUCGCAAAAUCAUACUCGAGAAAUAUCCGCAAAUCAAGAAACUCUUUGGACAUGAUCCCAACUUUAAAUGGAUAGCCGGCGCGAUGGUGCUGACCCAAAUACUGGCCCUGUUCAUUGUCAAGGACCUGUCGUGGCCCUGGCUCUUGGCAUCAGCCUAUUGCUUUGGCGGCAUUCUGAAUCAUUCGCUAAUGCUAGCAGUGCACGAAAUAUCCCACAAUUUGGCCUUUGGCCACAGCCGGCCCAUGCACAAUAGAGUGUUUGGCUUCUUUUGCAAUUUGCCCAUAGGACUACCCAUGAGCAUUUCGUUCAAAAAAUAUCACUUGGAACAUCAUCGUUAUCAAGGCGAUGAAGUGAUUGAUACGGAUAUACCCACAUUGCUGGAGGCGCGACUAUUCGAUACGACAUUUGGUAAAUUUGUGUGGGUCUGCCUGCAGCCGUUCUUCUACAUAUUCCGUCCGCUGGUGGUGAACCCGAAACCGCCGACACGUCUGGAGAUAGUUAAUACGAUCAUACAGCUGACAUUCAAUGCGGCUGUGGUUUAUUUCAUCGGUUGGAAGGCAAUGGCAUAUCUGCUGAUUGGCUCGAUAUUGGCCAUGGGCUUGCAUCCGGUGGCCGGGCACUUCAUAUCGGAGCACUAUAUGUUUGCCAAGGGCUUUGAGACAUACUCAUAUUACGGUCCACUCAAUUGGAUCACCUUCAAUGUGGGCUAUCACAAUGAACAUCACGACUUUCCGUCAGUGCCCGGCUCUCGGCUGCCGGAGGUGAAACGCAUCGCCAAGGAGUUUUACGAGACGAUGCCACAGCACACCAGCUGGACGCGUGUGCUCUACGACUUCGUAAUGGAUCCGGCUGUGGGCCCAUAUGCGCGCGUCAAGCGGCGUCAGCGCGGACUGGCAUCCUAAGAUGAGGCGUGGCGAGGCGAGGCGAGGCUUGGCGAGGCGCCCACCCCAUUCGUAUUGGCGAAUGUUGCAAUGAUUUUACUAGCGGUUUCCUGGCAUUAUGUAAUCUCAGUGUUUAGCUUUAGAACUAAGUAGAUAUUUUAUUCGAUUUCUCUUCUCAAGGGGCAAGCGAAAGCAAGCGCAACUACUACUAAAUAUGCCUGCCAAAUUCUAGAUUUUUGUAUAACUGAUUUAUGGCUUAAAAACUAGAAGCAUUGAUUGUUAAGCGCUAUUAUUAAACUAUUAUUGUUACCUCGGCACACAACUGCAAACGAAGGCAUGUUAAAAAUGAUAAAUUAUUGUAAAUCUUGUCCAACUGAUAUGCAAAUAUAUAUAUGUAUGUUUAUAUAUGAAUAUAUGUAUUGCAAAACAGAAGAAGAUUAAUAUGUUGUAGUGCUUUAGUAUUUUCUAAAUAUGUAUAUUUCUAAAUUAAUGCCUAAUGCUGCAGCACACAGUACCAACUAUUUUUGAUAGCCUCUUGUAACUAAU